UCUAAUAUCAUGCUACUGCGUCUCUGCUCUAGGUCUAAUAUAAUGCUUCUUAGUCUCUACUACUCACUACUGCGUCCCUGUUAUUGGUCCAAACAUAUUCGUUUCUGCGAUUUGUCCCACCAUAUUAUGGUACUGCGUCCGCGUCCAUGCGCUCCCUACUCUUGGUCCCAUUGCAAACUACUGCGAUUGGUCCCAUAUCUUACUACUGUGUUCAUCGGUAUUUUCCCGUAGUAUGCUUCUUUGUCCAUUCGCUUGGUCCCAUAUAUUUCUACUGUGCUUCUGCGAAUUUUCCCGUAGCAUGCCACUUUGUCCCAGCGUUUGGUCCCAUAUCUUGCUACUGUGACUCUGCGAAUUUUCGCGUAGCCUCCACUGCGUCCUUACGCUUGGUCUCAUAUCUUGCUACUGCAUCCUUGCGAAUAGUCCCAUAGCAUGCUACUGCGUCCCUGUGGUAGGUCCCAUAUCAUGCUACUGUGUUGCCGAUCAAUCUAAUUACAUAAGUAUGCGUCCCUGCGCUUGGUCUUUUAAAAUACUACUGCGUCCCUGUAAUUGGUCCAAUAGCAUACUUAUUCGAUUUGUUCCAUAUCAUGGUACUGAUUCCGUGUCCCUGCGCUCCCUGCGCUUGGUCCCAUAGCAAACUACUGCGAAUGGUCUCAUAUCUAUCUUGCUGCUGUGCUCCUGAGAGUUUGCCCGUAGUAUGCCACUGCAUCCCUGCACUUGGUUCCAGUUUUUGCAAUUGUGUUCCUGUGUAUUGUCCCAUAGCAUGCCACUUUGUCUUUGCACUUGGUCCAAUAUCUUGCUCCUGUUUUCCUUCGGCACGGCGGCGUCCCCGGUGCCCGGCGCGAGCGCGUGCCACUGCACGGUGGUUAAUUCUAGGAAAUGUAUCAAUCUCAAAACCAUCACGUUUUACUUUCAUUUGUCUCAGUCUUUGUUUGAAUAUGCGUUAACACACAGAGUCUUGUAAGUAAAGCUUCUUUCUUUAUAAAAUUAAAUACCUAUAAUAAUAACUUUAUUUAACGAAGGUUACAUAGUAAGUGUACAAUCAUUAAAGACAUACUACUUAUUUCAGCAUGGUCUUCACACAAAAAGUAUUACAAAAACACAUAUACUUACUUACAUAUUAAGCAACAUACAAAACAUACAAUCACACUAUCACUAUCAUACUUUUCUCAUGUAAUUCAACACAAUUAUACAUGUAUUCAACAUUUCAUCGACAAACACAACUCAAAUUAAUAUGAUGAUUAUAAAUUACAAUAAUUUCAUCCUGUAAAUAAAGUACUGUAUUCAAAUUUAUAAGUAAUAUAAAAUCACAUAUAUUUUUUUCUUAAUACAGAAGUGCAAAGCGAAAUAUAUAGUUUGGUCCCUGAAUGAUGAAUGAAGCGUGAUCCUUAAAUAAUAUUUGAAAUCGCUCUUUUGAUAAUCUAUGGCCAUAUUUCCAAGAUUUACACAUGGGUAUGAAAUAUGGGGCGGAAUGAUGUUAAAAAAAAAUAAAAGAACAUUUUCAUACGGGGCCGAAUUCAAAUGUCACCUAAGAAAUGCGUUGAGAUAUCAAACAAGUGUUUAAACGAAUGUUUAUUUGUGCUGAAUAAUAGUGUAGCGUUUUUAAAUGCUUAGUUAUUGUUUUUAGUGUCAUCGCUUUUGACCAUAUCGUCGAGGCGCUUAUCAACUCGACCAAUAUUUCUUUAGGAAGUCAAGUAACUUAUGCAUGAUUUUUGAAAUGCCCUUGUCUAGAGAAGCAAAGUUAAUUGCUUAUUACAGUGAAACGUGUCGACGACAUUCAUCACUAAACAUAAAAAGAGUGGUAUGAUGGUUAAAGUUUCUGCCUCUUUAUCAAAAGGUUGUGUGUUCAAGACUCUACAGGGAAACUUUCUCUUGAUUUGUCAAAAAAGGACAGCAGAUCUGUUUUUUUCACCGAAAACGGACUCAAUAGUGAUUCAUAACAGCUAACAGUUGUCUUCGUAAUAGAGCUAAUAUUAAAUCGUUUAACUCAACACUUCAUACUACAUUUAGACAACAGCUACCUCCAGCCGGCCAAUCAUAGGCCUGCAAAAGUGUUUGAUAAAUCCCACACACAACUGUUUUUUCUGUCGGAUAUUUCAACUGGUAAAUCUCGUGCAAAUCGUGCACCUACUUAUGUUACAAGGACGUUCUUAAUACUACAGAAAUAUUUGUUUCCUGUGCUUUCCUGACAUUUUUCUCAUUCAAAUGUAUGGUAUCGGACUGAGAAACAAGCAAUAAACUUUCUGUUGUCUAAAUCGGAUAGCUCGCUGAUAAAUUCCAUAUCAAACGGCUACUCGUAAUCUAUCCUAUACUUAGCACAUAGCAAUGCUUUGUACGGUGGCAUAGAGGUGACAUGUGUGAUUCUGUCUCGUUCCAACGAUUUAGUAUGUCAUGGACUCAACUUACUCUUUCUUUAUCCAACGACUUAAAUAUAUCAUGGCCACAACUAAGUUAUUUUGUGGCCACGACUAACUGACUUGUUCUCAAAGGGAUACCUUAAUCGUGGGAACAUGAUGGUAAGUUGUAGCGACGACAUUCUAAGUCGUGGGAACUAGACGUCUCAAAGAGAUAAAGAACCACACAUGACCCAUCUUUUCACCGUAAGUAUAAUGUCGGACUUAUAUAUGCAUGCGUUGUUAAUACUCAUUUAGAAUACAUCCUACAUGACCAGGCAAUGAAAUAACAGAUAGGUACUACGCUCAAUCAUUAAAAAAUACAACUUUCGCGGGCGUCAGAUUUUCUCUCGGCAAGGUGUCAACCAAUGAGGUUGUACUUUAGGUCUGUAAGAUGACCUAAAUUUAAAUCUAAUUAAUGAAAAGGGCACUUUAGCUACGAUCACUCCGCUCAUUCUUCUAUCAUUACGAUCGUUAUUCUUGUCAUCGAACUAUAACUGAUUUAACGCUGCCAGGACGUCAGGUCUGUAGGAAGAUAUGUUUGUUCCAAUGGGGAGGUACAUAUUGAUAAGUUUUAUUUAUGUUUGAAUAAGAGAAAUUAAACAACUAUUCGCUUUGUUUUCAGUUUGGCUGGUAGCCAGUUAUUCGAGUUCGUUAUGUAAUAAAUAUUUUAAAUCUUUCUAUGAAAACGAUAUAUGAAUUAUACGCUGUGGUUGUAAGUAAGCCUUAAAAAGUAUACGGGCGAAUUCUGAACAACAGUUUCUUUAUUUGAUACAGUGCCAAAACAUGAAAAUAAUCGAUCAAUUUAAUUUAAACUGAUUAUCCAGACCGAAUUGACUAGACACUGAAUUUUAUCGGUAGUAUGUAUGUUUUCUUUACAAUCAUCCGAACAUCAUUCCGCCCCAUGUUUCAUACCCAUGUGUAAAUCUUGCAUUAGGGUUUUUGUUGUUGGUAGUGGCGAUGGUUGUUAUAAUGCACCAGUCAAUUGUAACCAUGGCCCGGGGGUAUACCGGGUAUAGCCGGGUAAAUGGGCCGUGUUUUUAACUUACAUGUGGCCCCGCAGUGCCGGUUGAAUGCGAUGGUUUUGUCUUAUUUUGUCCCCGUAAUAGCGCAUCCCGGAGACGAAGUAUCGCUCUUUCGUCGUGUGAUGAAUGCGUCAGAGUUCGGAUAAUUUCGUGUUUUUUCGGAAUGUUUACAUGUAACAACUUUACAACAGCUUAACUGUUUGACUAUCUAGGGAUGUUCACAAAGUAAGGUUGCUAUGUUACAACUUUACAAAAACUUUACUGUUAGUUAUUCAACUCGUGAGUUCCCUCAUGUGAACAUCAAUAAAUAUACAUUAACAUUCAAUAAAACCCAUUCCGCCGUUGCAUCAACAUUCGUCUAGUAUUUGUUAUGUAACAUUGUAUUAAAUUGUGCCAAUAUAUGCCUUAUCGUGGUCAAGUACUUUAAGUUCAUCUUACACCACAGUGUUUGCAUUUGGCAAAAGUUCUAUCAUGAUUUUAAAGAUAGUGAACAGAAAAGUGGUUCCGUCUUUGUAAAUUAGGAAACACAGAUAUCAUGUGAAAUCGGACUUCGUUUUUUUCUUGCUCAUAUACACUCACAAAAAUUAAUCGGUAUCGUGUCGACGAAGUGCUGUUGUGGCAAUAUGGCUAUUAUUCACACUGGCAUGCUCUUGUGGGUAGUUCUGGCUAGUCUGUUGUCAUCGGUCUUUGCCAUUCACCAUCAAGUAAAUGGUGGAUGGGGAAUGUGGACGGCCUACCAGGCGUGCACGGAGACGUGCGGGACGGGACAGAGUGCCCGCUACCGCUACUGUAACAGUCCCCGGCCCCAGGACGGCGGUGCCCAGUGCCCGGGCGUCAGCUACCAGACUCGCUCAUGCUUUACCCAGGAAUGUGCCGGACACUUGAUUUCGAACGGUGGGUGGAGCCUGUGGACGUCAUACACCACAUGUUCGCACUCGUGUGGCUCCGGAAGUCAGGACAGAUGGCGUUAUUGCAACAACCCUUCCCCGGCCCACGGGGGAGCGUAUUGUUCGGGACCACAGCAUGAGUCGCGCCCCUGUCAUGAAAGAGGAUGCCCGGUAAAUGGUGGAUGGGGAAUGUGGACGGCCUACCAGGCGUGCUCGGAGACGUGCGGGACGGGACAGAGUGCCCGCUACCGCUACUGUAACAGUCCCCGGCCCCAGGACGGCGGUGCCCAGUGCCCGGGCGUCAGCUACCAGACUCGCUCAUGCUUUACCCAGGAAUGUGCCGGACACUGGAAUCCGAUUGACGGAGAGUGGGGCCAGUGGUCGUCAUUCUCAACGUGCUCGCAUUCCUGUGGAGGCGGCUACCAAACCAGUCACAGACUGUGCAACAGCCCGAAUCCGGCGAAUGGCGGCCACGGCUGUAGCGGAAAUUCCGUGCUCACCCAGUUGUGUCACACCGAGGCCUGCCCCUGUGUGGGCUCCAACUGUCCUGUGAACGGCGGAUGGAGCCUGUGGACGGACUAUUCCGUGUGUUCCCGGACCUGUGAUCUCGGUACCCACACAAGGUUCCGCUACUGUAACCAUCCCCAUCCUGCUCACGGAGGCAAACAAUGUGUUGGCGACGACUUCGAGACGCAUGGCUGUUAUGCGGCUGCCUGUCCGGGGACCAAUGUGGUGGUAAAUGGCGGAUGGGGACUGUGGAGUUACUACACCAGUUGUUCCAAGACGUGCGGCUCCGGCACACAGACAAGAUACCGCGUGUGUGACCAUCCGACGCCGAGCGCCACCGGAAGUCAAUGUUACGGGGAUACCCAUCAGUCACGGUUCUGUCACACGGAGGCCUGUCCCUGUUCCGGGACUAGCUGUCCUGUUAAUGGCGGAUGGGGCGUUUGGCUUCCGUUCAGUGCCUGCUCACACACGUGCGGUACCGGAAGUAAAUCGCGGUGGCGCUAUUGUAACUCCCCGCGGCCAUCAAAUGGCGGGACGUUCUGCCAGGGCAGUUCUACGGACAUUCAGUCUUGCCAUGAGGCCACCUGUACUGGGCCAUCUCCAGUGGACGGAGGAUGGGCAACAUGGGGCACCUGGAGCUCGUGCAGCGCCACAUGCGGGACGGCCGUUCACACGCGCAGUCGCACGUGCACCCAUCCGGUCCCUGCCCACGGCGGAAGCUAUUGUCCAGAGGCGUCAAGCCAGACACAGACCUGCUACCUUGCCGCCUGUCCCACAAGCACUUGUGGAACUACCCUGGUGACGGACACCAACACCAAGAUCGUUGGCGGGACAUUGGCCAAGCAUGGGCAGUUCCCCUGGCAGAUCUCCUUACGCUAUUGGCACCAACAUAUCUGCGGCGGCACGCUCAUCUCCGACCAGUGGGUCGUCACCGCCGCGCAUUGCUUCGAGGAUUUGGGUACGCAGACAAAUCAAUGGACUAUUGGGGUGGGGUUGCACGAUCAGAACCACGUGUACGGAAGUGACGAGGUGCACGUGUCGCAUGUGUACGUGCACGAGCAGCACAACGGUAAGAUCCAGAAGAACGACAUCGCUCUCAUCAAGCUCAGCAAGAAGCUUGACAUAACUGGAAGGUACAUCCGACCGGCUUGUCUCCCGCAUCCUCAGGACAGCUUCCCCUCAGACCAAUGUACGGCUUCCGGCUGGGGCGCCGAAUAUUAUGAUGAAGACGGUAAUGCGCCUGUCACUCGUUACUUGAUGUACGUGAACCUGGACACGAUCUCCAACUACUACUGUAAGAAUCUGAUGGGCUGGAACAGCAUCUUUGACUCGAACAUCUGUGCCGGAGCAAUACAGGGAGGCGGUAAGGACACUUGCCAGGGUGACUCUGGUGGCCCGCUGGUCUGUAACAAGCAUGGAGUAUGGGAGCUGGCCGGUGUGACCAGCUGGGGGUCCGGGUGUGGGGACUCGAUGAGCCCCGGGGUCUACACGCGCGUGACUUCCUACAUCAACUGGAUACACCAGAAGAUGAACGCAGCAGGGUAGAAUAUCCACCGACUUAAAUCAUUGUUGUUUCUCAUGUGGUUGUUUGUUUUUCAACAAAGAAAGAUACAACGGG